AUGGUCCCGACCGCAACAAGGAACUCUGACGCCAAGGGCAAGCGUGAGGCCGACCAAGGCACACUCCAGACCGGCAAGAAUGAUCCAGAAGAACGAGCGGCCCAGCUCGCCCAGCUCGAGGCGUUGGGUAACGCCUUCCUAUCAUCAUUCGAUCUUCCUUCCGCAGAUAUGGCUUCAGAAGAACAAUCAUCCUCAAGGAAGAAACUCUCGAGCAAGAAGCGCAAACGUCUAGCAGAGCAGAACGUCAGCCCGGCACAAAUCGAGGAUGCUCCGGCAAGGGAGCAAGACGAGAUGGAUGUCCUGUUCGGAUCAACAAAGGCAUCUGGCCGAUCAACAGAUGCAUCGACGAGUGCCGACGCGCAAGAAAGAAGGCAGAACAGCAGCAAGGCAAAAAAGCAGCCGAAAGCCAGAGUGGUGCAAACCGUAGUGUACGGUGGUGAAGCACGUCCCGACGCCGACGAGCUAAAGGAGGCCAAAAAGGGCUGGAAAGCAUUCAUGUCUUCCAAGAUCGACAAGAUCGGCGCUGAAGAUCAAGCUUCGAACACCAAGCUGAGCACAGCGGAAGAGGAAGAAGAGAAGCAACUUGUGGCAAACGAUCGUCUGCUCUCGGAGCUGCUUUCCACCACGCUCUUUGCGCCCGGAACAGGCAAUACGUCGAAAGGCAAAUCCAAUCUCUCCUCGAACGACACCAUCGCACGGAUCAUGGAGCUGUCCGCCACCGACUCGCAACGCAAAGGUCAAGCGAUCGGUCGAGGCUGGGGCGAAAACGAACUGAAGCGUCAACAGCUUGCCAAAGCACCCGCAGCGAUUCGACAGGGUAUGCGUAAAGCAGCGGGAGAGAGGAGGGACAAGGAGAGGGAGAAGGCGAAAGAGUUGGGCACCUGGCAUCCUUCACUCAAGCAGGCCUAUUCGAGUCAGGCGACGGCGACAGAGAUGGGGUUGAAGAAGGAGAGCAGGAAGAGGCAGAGAGGACUGGGCAUGGGCAUCGGAAAGUUCCAGGGCGGUAUGUUGAAGCUCUCUUCGCAGGAGAUUUCAAAGGUGAACGGAAAGUCGAAAACUGGAUCGGGGUCGUCGAGAGGUGGCAAGGGUCAGGGCAAGGGCAAGGGCAAGGGCAAGGGCAAGUAG